GUGAUACCUCCUUUUUAAACGCUUCUUUUAAAUUUAUUAAAGAAUUGAUAUCUAGAAUGUAGAUCCAGAAUAACUAACUAAUUAUAGUAUAACGAACACCAAUCCGAUCUCUGCGCCUUUUUCACUUUCCCGAGAAAAACAAGUUUUCUGUCGAACUCCAUUAUGGAGGAUACUCAUUCUGAGGCGAGCUUCUUAAAGGAAUUCACCAUACCUACGUACAUAUUAGAACCUGAAUCAAAGACCGUAGAAGUUCAUGAUUUUCCUACGUGUCCGGUUUUGGUGUUUAUAAACUCCAGAAGCGGUGGCCAGCUUGGAGGAGAUCUUAUCGUAACUUAUCGUGAACUUCUUAAUAAAAAUCAGGUUUUUGAUGUCGAAGAAGAGAAGCCGGAUACAGCUCUACGGAAAAUCUAUCUUAAUUUAGAGAAGCUCAAAGCUAAGGGAGAUCAAUAUGCCGCACAAAUUGAGGAGAAAUUGAGAAUAAUUGUUGCUGGUGGUGAUGGAACAGCUGGCUGGCUUCUAGGAGUUGUUUGUGAUCUCAAAUUACCGCAUCCACCGCCAGUUGCCACAGUGCCUCUUGGAACAGGAAAUAAUCUUCCCUUCGCAUUUGGUUGGGGAAAGAAGAAUCCAGGGACUGAUCGUCACUCUGUUAUACAAUUUUUGAACCAAGUAAUAAAAGCAAAGGAAAUGAAAAUAGAUAAUUGGCAUAUUCUUAUGAGGAUGAAGACUCCUAAAGAAGGUUCUAAUUGUGAUCCUAUUGCACCUCUUGAGCUACCACAUUCUUUACAUGCCUUUCAUCGUGUUUCAGCGACAGACAAGUUGAACGAGGAUGGGUACCGUACAUUUCGUGGGGGGUUCUGGAAUUACUUCAGUAUGGGGAUGGAUGCUCAAGUAUCAUAUGCAUUUCAUUCUGAACGAAAGUUGCAUCCUGAAAAAUUUAACAACCAAUUGGUUAAUCAGAGUACUUAUGCGAAGCUUGGCUGCACGCAAGGAUGGUUUUGUGCUUCUCUCUUCCAUCCUUCAUCUCAAAACAUAGCUCAGUUUGCAAAGGUGAAGAUUAUGAAAAGACAUGGGCAAGGGCAAUGGCAAGAUCUCGAGAUAACUAGCAGUAUCAGGUCAAUUGUAUGUCUUAACUUGCCCAGUUUUUCUGGUGGACUGAAUCCGUGGGGGACACCAAACAGCAAUAGGACACGUGAUAAAGACUUCACUCCACCAUAUGUCGAUGAUGGCCUACUAGAAGUGGUUGGUUUCAGAGAUGCUUGGCAUGGACUUGUUCUACUUGCUCCAAAGGGACAUGGAACCCGUCUUGCACAGGCACAUCGAAUUCGCUUUGAGUUUCACAAAGGUGCAGCUGAUCAUACAUUCAUGAGGAUUGAUGGAGAACCCUGGAAGCAACCACUGUCAGCCGAUGAUGAUACUGUUGUGGUUGAAAUCUCUCAUCUUGGUCAAGUGAACAUGCUUGCUACCCAUGACUGUCGAUCUAGAAGUGUGCAUGAUCCCUCAUCAAUUAACCAUCAUGACGAUGAUGGAAGUUUUAGUGAUGAAGAUGACUCUGUCAAGGAUGGGGAAGAGUGGAGGAAAUUCGGAGCGGCAGACACAUUCAAGAUCCCAGAUGAGGUUGAUAUUUCUCAUCUAAGUUAAGUCCUUUAAUAUGUCAUUUACUUUGAAUCAUUAUUUCAUUUUCUUAACAAGGAUAUCCAUUAAUGAUUUUUAUUUGAAGCUGAAGGAAAGGGUCAUCUUAAUUGUUGUGAUUGUCGAGUAUUAUUUGAUUAUAAAUGGUGUAAACUUAAUUCUCAUAUAUGAUUCAUUACAGGAGGGAUAGAA